AUGACUUCGACCGUAGCAAAGGAUGAUCUUGGAGUAGAGAUAGCACCGCAGCCAAGUUCAUGGGAACGCCCGCCGAGUCAAGGAUCGCCAAUGACUGUUGGCGACGACCAAGAGAGCCCGCAACAUGAACCGUCGACCAGGCCAUACACCAUCUUCACGAAGCGGCACAAGCGCCUUUUGAUAGCAAUCAUUGGCGUGACCAGCCUAGUCUCUCCCUUGACCGCGAACAUCUAUCUUCCCUUGCUCCCUCUCCUCCAAGCUCAGUACCAUGCCUCGGCCCAAGCCAUCAACCUUACCUUGACCCUCUACGUGGUCGUCGCAGCGGUCAUGCCCGCAUUCUUCGCACCGGCUGCAGACGCCAACGGCCGGCGCGUUGUCGCACUGGUCACUUGCGUGAUAUACACGGUGGGCAGCUUGGGUCUGACGAUGAACGAUGCCGCUCGGAAAUCGUACACUGUACUGCUCCUGAUACGGGCAGUGCAGGCCCUAGGCGCAAGCGCCAGUGCCAGCAUCACGUACGGCGUCAUCAGCGACGUGUGCAUACCUGCGGAGAGGGGGACGAUGGUUGGCCCGCCAUCAGCGCUUCGAAUCUCGGCGUGGUUCUGGGACCGACACUAG